AUCGACCCGGCCCGGCCGGACCAGCUGAUUUUUAUGUGCCAGUUCCCACCGAUCGUUGGUUUAGUUUCCUGUGUAACUGUGUACACUGAUGACUGACAUGGAGAAUCAGGAGUCAUCGUUAGUGGAGUCCUCCAUUCAAGGCCUCCUGAGUGAUAUGGACACCACAGAAGAUAAAGAUGGGGAGGCUAUAGAGAUGGAGGACUUACAGGACAGGCAGGAGAACAGGACGUAUGAUGGCAUCACUACAGGUUAUGUCCUCCUGGCCUCCGUCAUGGCUGCAUUGGGUGGAGUACUGUUUGGAUAUGAUAUAGGGAUUGUAUCAGGCGCCCUCCUGCAGCUACGGGAAGAACUGCACCUGGGCUGUCUUCAGCAGGAGAUGGUGGUCAGCUCCAUGCUCAUGGGCGCUGUGAUUGGCUCACUCACUGGGGGAUUUAUUGUAGACAGAUUUGGGAGGAGGUUGGCCAUCAUUGUGAACGCUGGUGUGUUUGUGUGCGGGGCCAUGAUUCUGGCUUUGGCGCAGUCUUAUGCAGUUCUGGUGACAGGGAGGUUAAUUGUGGGGUUUGCAGUGUCCCUGUCUGCCAUAGCAGAGUGUAUCUAUAUAUCUGAGAUUGCUCCUUCUAGUAAACGUGGUAUGCUGGUGUCCUUAAAUGAACUGGGCAUCACCCUGGGCAUCCUGGUGGCCUACCUGGUGAACUACCUCUUCAUCAGUGUACCCAAUGGAUGGAGGUGGAUGUUUGGCCUGUCGUCCCUGCCAGCCAUUGCCCAGGGACUAGGGAUGGUGUUCCUCCCUCCCAGUCCCAGAUAUCUCAUCAUCAACAGACAGGAGGAAAAGGCUCAACAAGUGCUGAGACAGCUGAGGGGCAGCAGUGUGGAUGUGGAGCUGAACAACAUCAAAAACUCCCUACAGACAGAACAGAGACUUGGUGUGUGUGACCUGUUUAAGUCUGCUGGCAACAUGAGGGGGAGGAUGUUGAUUGGCACAGGGAUUGUCUUCUUUCAACAGUUCACAGGCCAGCCCAACGUGCUGUACUAUGCACCCACUAUCUUCCAGCUGGUUGGUUUCCAUAGUAACACAGCCGCCACCCUGGCAACUGUCGGACUUGGUAUUGUGAAGGUCCUAUCUACUAUUGUAUCGCUCUGCCUGGUGGAUAGAUUUGGACGUCGCAAGUUCCUAUUGGCUGGUGCAACCAUCAUGGCAAUAAGCAUCCUGAUCCUAGGCGUCAUCACGCACUCCUUCCCGGCCAGCAAGUUCAAAAGGCCCUGUGAAAGUGGAAACGACACGUUAGGAUCCACUCACACCAGAAACGUUUUCUUUCCUGGGAACUUUUUUGACCCCACCUUACAGUACAGAAAUCCUUCUGCAGUAACGUCUUCGAUAGUAAGUGUUCCAGGAAGAAGUCACGAGAAGAGCAAGAAGUUAGUCUGGACAUCACAAGUAGACUUUGUAAGAAGAUCAGAGUCUCAGACCACAGCAAGAGUUCUGAAGAAUCGUCCCAGUGCAGUUUCUGGUGUAGAGUUCGUCAAUAAGGAGACAGGUUUCCAGGAUGGGAUAGAGUUGGAUGUGAUGACACCAGAUGGAGCGAAGGGGGUAUCACUGCUGACACUGAUGGUGUUUGUGGCAGCAUAUGCCUUCGGCUUUGGUCCAGUAUCUUGGCUGGUGCUGAGUGAGAUUUUCCCAGUCAAUGUGAAGGGUCGUGCGGUAGCCCUCACUACUGUGCUGAACUGGGGAACCAACCUGGUCGUCUCCCUGUCAUUCCUAAACCUUGUGGAGUCGGUGGGGAUUUCUGUAGUGUGCCAGGGGUAUGCAGUAAUAGGUGUGCUUGCUGCUGUCUUCAUCCUACUGGUGGUUCCUGAGACCAAGAACAGGACCCUGGAGCAGAUCUCACAUGACCUGGAAACUCGUUCUGUCUGUGGCCGGUUGGACCAGUGGCUGUCCUGCUGUCGGGGAGGCCUCAGCAGAAGGAGACACGCGUCAGUCAGGAUAGAGGACUCUGUCUACAGCCCCAUUCACAGGGACUCCAUGCACAUCUAACUCAACUUUACUGUACAAAAAAGGAAAAAUCUUGAAGGUUGAGCCCCUCUAACACGUUCAAGACCUUCAUAAUGCUUUGCUUCCAACCAUUCCCCAGCAAAGGUCAGUGCUGGUUUGGGAGUAGCCUAGCCUGACUAAAUCACGCUCCUAGCAGCCGGCCUUACAGUUGCCACCACCUAGAGGAAGCUAGCUAGAGAGAGAUUGUGUAAACACAGGCUUGGAUUAGCCUGGAAUCCAUGAAUGCUGGAAUCCAUGUUCUACUUCAAGUUCAAGUUUGCUCCUGUGAUUGCAUCCAUGCACUUUUCCUGUCUACUUUCGGACUGAUGUUCAUAGUCGGCUAGUGCAGACGGUGUUUAAAGACUAGUAGGCAAACCAACUCCUAACCGCAGGAAACUUUGCUCAUGACCAGUUACCACCGGCUUUGUGUUACAGGGGCUUUAAGGGACUUUGAUGUAGGUUGUGUCUCCACCAAAGUACGAGAAACGAAGUCUUCUGUCGGAUAGUAUACUGUAACGCUAGUUCACCUUUAUCUGC